AUGGCAUCGCGUGCGUUCCGUCAGGCCCACAGCCGCCCAUAUCCUCUAGAACAAGACAAAGAAACUAUUGCAGCUGCUGAAGCUGUCAAAGUAAAGCAGAUUGAGCGUGAACGUCUCGAGAUUGAGCGACUAGAGACCCGUAUCGCUGAGCAGACUCCAGCACGCGGCUCGCAGCUUGGUGAAGCCGCGAAUUUUGAUUUUUUUCCCUUGUCUGAAGCUACACGACGUGGAUUAAGGGCCUGUGGCUUCACAGCACCUACCAGGAUCCAAGUGGGUGCAUUGCUGCACGCGCUGGCGGGGCGCGACGUACUUGCGGCGGCCAAGACCGGCUCCGGCAAGACGUUGGCCUUCCUAUUACCGGUACUAGAGAAGCUGUUCCGUCUUCGCUGGAGUGUAGAGGAUGGACUUGGAGCUUUGGUCAUUUCACCUACGAGAGAACUGGCCUUGCAGAUCUUUGAGGUGCUGCGUAACGUCGGCAAGGCCCACGCGUUCUCGGCCGGUCUGGUCAUUGGUGGCAAGAACUUCCGAGAGGAGCAGCUACGUCUCAUCCGGAUGAAUUUGUUGGUGUGUACACCUGGUAGAUUGCUGCAGCACAUGGAGCAGACACCAGCAUUCGAUGCGACCAAUUUGCAGGUGCUUGUACUAGACGAAGCUGACCGGAUUCUGGAUUUGGGUUUCCAGAAACAAUUGAAAGCCAUUUUGGAGCACCUGCCACCUGCUGGUACGAGACAGACUAUGCUCUUCUCGGCUACACAGACCAAGUCAGUGAAGGAUUUGGCUGCACUGAGUUUGCGAGAACCCGAGUAUGUUGCUGUGCACGAGCACUCGGCCAAUGCAACGCCCAAAGGUCUUACGCAGAGCUACGUGGUGACGCCACUAGAGCGUAAAUUGGACGUAUUGCUGUCAUUUAUUAAGUCACACCUGAAGCAAAAGGUGAUUGUGUUUUUGUCUACUUGCCGCCAAGUGCGAUUCAUACACAGCGUCUUCUGCAAGCUGCAGCCUGGUAUACCGCUCUGUGCGCUGCACGGUAAGUACAAGCAGGGCAAGCGUGUGGAGGUGUACUACGAGUUUUUGAACAAACCGGCCGCAGUUCUUUUUGCCACGGACAUUGCAGCACGAGGACUGGAUUUUCCUCAGGUAGAUUGGGUACUGCAGCUGGACUGCCCAGAAGAUGCUGCUAAUUACAUUCACCGAGUUGGGCGCACGGCGCGUUACAACAAGCAGGGUAAGGCGCUGAUGUGCCUGGUGCCGUCCGAGGUGGACGGCAUGACAAAGCGACUUGCGGAUGCUAAGGUACCCAUCCGUGAGACAAAGCUCAACCCAGCCAAGACCACGAGCUGUCACCAGAAGGUGGCCUCAGUUGUUGCGGGUGACAAGGAGAUUAAAGCGCUAGCACAGAAGGCUUUCAUGUCUUAUGUGCGCUCUGUGUACUUGCAGCCGGAUCGUGAGGUGUUUGAUACCACGGCUUUGCCAUUGGAUGCGUUUGCGGAGUCUUUUGGACUUCCUGGCGCACCGCGCAUGCCGUUCUUGUCCAAAAUGAAGGCUGAGCACGAAAACGGUGGUAACGAGGCGUUGCGUGACGAGCUACGUGGGAAAAAGAAUGUCAACCGUAAGCUCCAGCAGCUCAAGGAGAAGAUUAAGGCGGAGAAGGAACGCAAGCGUUUGGCGCGGCAGCUGGCUGCUUUGGGGACUAUGGAGCAGGAAGAGGCGAAGAAGAAGUUAGAGAUGAAGCAAGAGAAGGAGGGGUCCGAAGAGGAAGAAGAGGACUCGUUGAUGAUUGUCAAGCGGGUGCACAACUGGGCAGAAGAUGACGAGCCACUGGAUCAGGAAGCACUUGGCCCCAGCAGUAAGAAGAAGCAGAAGAAGUUGCGUGUGGAUCGCGAGGUCAUCAAUACGUCCAAGAUCGUGUUCGACGACGAGGGCAACAGCACCAAAAUGAUGGACCGCCUUGCGGCACGCAACACUGGCAACAACGAAUUUGAUGACGUGGAGCAGCAUGCUAAAAACUACACGGAGCAAGUAGCUGCUCGUCUCGCGGCCAAGGAUGCUGAGGAUCGUCGUUUGGAGAAGGAGCGUGUGCGUGCCAAGCAUCACAAGAAGCGUAUGAAAACCAAGUGCGAACGUGACGAUGAGAGCGAGGAUGGCGGCCCACGUCUUGUUGUCGGCUCUGACGAUGAAGACAUGAGCGGCAGCGAAAGGGGUAGUGACGAAAACACCAGCAGCGAUGACGACGAGGAUGUGAGCGACAGGAAGAAAAAGAUCGACCGUCACGCUCACCCGUUACAUCACCUUCCUAGCGGCAUGCCCGUGCCAGCUCCAACCCCUCCGAGCUUCUCCUGUCCGUGCCGUCGUCGUGUUCGUGCGGUGGCCAUGAUCCUGGACGACGUGUUGUACAAUCAUUCAAAGCUCUUGUCACACUUGGCAAUCGAACGCGGCGUAGCCCAAUUACUGGCGGAACGUGCGUUCCCGACAAAAGCAGCAGCGUUUGAAGCUUUACAGAUCUUUCGCAACACUUAUGGACUCCGUAAGCGCUUUCCUCGCUUCGUCGACAGCCUCAUGGUUGACCCCUACACCAAACUCUCACCAAUUCAAGCGCAGCGAGUUAUUGCUGCUUACUAUGAGAGCAAUGUACCGGAGGCUCGAAGUAUUACGCCCUUUCCACAUGUACGUAAGAUAUUGCUGGAGCUACAGGACGGAGGAGUCCGCCACUUGGCGCUGCUGCUUAUUGGGAAGCCAGAGGUGCAGCGUGAACGUCUUAAAGCUUUGGGAGUCGACGAUCUGUUUCAUCAGGUGGUUCAUGUAAGCCCGAAUCCAAGCUUAGCUCAGGUCACGAGUGCCAUGAAGCAGCUUGCAAGACAACUGAAUGUACCGGCAUCCGCUGUCAUGUUUGUGGGACGCAAGGCUUUCUACGAGAUCAAGGCUGCUAAUACUGUCGGAAUGCUCACUGUUCGCAUGCUGUUCGGCAAGUACACGAGCGUGAUGCCAACGGAGGAGAUAGAGCAACCAGAUUUUCAAAUUGAGUCGAUUGAACAGCUAGUACCGAUUGUAAAACUGGCAGACCAGCAAAUGCUGCAGCCCAAGAUCGUGGCAAUUGGUGGUGGCACGGGCUUAGCAGUGUUACUCAAGGAACUGCGCCACUAUCCGGCUGAUCUCACUGCCGUCGUCACAGGUCGCCAUUCUGGUGCCCUUCGCAAGUAUCUUGGCAUCUUGCCACCUGGAGAUAUUCGAAACUGUCUGGUGGCGCUUUCCGACUCCGAUGAACUCUUGAGCAAGCUGAUGAAUUACCGCUUUCGUGAUAACUUCAUGGAGGGUUGCAGCUUGGGUAACCUGCUGCUAGCAGCGCUGACCGAUUUACAAGGAGGUUUCGACCGCGCUGUCUCGUCAAUCGCUGAAAUUCUCAACAUCCACGGCUCCGUGCUACCAGCUACACUCGAAAACACUGAGCUGUGCGCCGAGCUUACUGACGGUUCGACAGUCAUAUCAGAAGUCAAUGUACGCAGCCCAUUUGUGCCUAAUGAAGAGGUCGACUCUCAGUCAGAUUCCACUUCCUCAACCAGCAGUUCAAGUGGAACCCCACCGUCUAUGACUCAAAAGCCUGGUCACUCCAAAAAGAAGAUCAAAAAAGCGCCGAUCAAACGUGUCUACCUCGAGAACCCAAACGUAGAAGCUUUCGAGCCAGCGGUGCGUGCUAUCGAGGACGCAGAUAUUAUCAUCUUGAGUCCUGGUGGUUUUUACACAUCAAUCAUUGCCACGCUGUUGGUACCAGGUAUACGCGACGCCAUUGCACGCAGCGCGGGAGCUACAGUGUACGUGAGCAACGUGACCACGCAAAAUGGGCAGACCGAUGGCUACACGCUAGAGAAAACACUAGAGGUGCUUUCCACUUAUCUCGGAGAGAGCGCCAUUGACUAUCUGAUUGCGAACAACACGUUCCCACCAGAAAAUGUGCUUGCACCGUACAUCGAGCGUGGAGAAGAAUUGUUGUUGCCUACGCCCGAAAUGGCGGGUAGCAAGCACCCGGUAUUGCUUCAGGGCCAAACCUUUCAAGAAGAUCUCGUUGCUGGACAUGCGGCUUGCGAAUGGAAAAAGGCACCCAUGCUUAAACACAGCGGCCGUCGCGUGGCUGCCAUUCUCUACACCAUCAUUGACAAGGAAAUGGCACGUCACCGUCAUCAUCAGCAGCUAGAAACUAUUGCUCUCAGCGCAACUCGAGUGAAUAUGCCGAGCUCGAAGAACUCAUGGAUGCCAUCCUUCACAGCGCCCGUGACGCUCUUCGGAUUGCUGACAGCCACAAUGCUCGUAGCUUCCAUGGUUCGUCAUAGGUAA